UGACCAUUGUGACGUUUCAUCGAUUUGACAGCUGUCAAACGUGUCUUUGACGACAUUAACAAGUUUUUGCGUUUGUAAUUUUAGUUGAGGCUUAUUUUCGCAUUCUUUAACGUUGUUUUCUUCUGGCACGAUGGCUGCUUCUGCUCGUAUGAUGUCUAACAUUAAAAGGCUUCUACAAGCCGGAAAAAUCCGUGAUGAUACUCACAAUGGCAUACUUUCUAUAAGUUUUAAUUCGCACGUAGCUGAAGUGGAGUACGAGCGACGAGGCAACGUGUAUGAUUUAACACACACGAGUAUACCUGAUGAACUGCAGGGUCAUGGUUUAGGCACUAUUUUGGCAGAGAGAAUUUUUGACCACCUCAUCCAAAACAACCGGAAAAUUAAGCUAACCUGCGAGUUUUUGGAGCAGUUUUACGCCAAAAACGAGGACAAGUACAGCCGAUAUGUAGUUAAUGAUACUGAUUAAUCAGCACAAAUAAAAACUUACCAAACCCUUCACUAUUUUUUUCGACGAUGGAGGAGGACGAGCUCGAUUUCGCUUCAAAAAUAUUUUUUUAUUUUCGCGAGAGGUACUACAACUCGAUGAUCGGGGCCUGCAAAGAAGCCGUCACGAAAUUUAGGAGUGAAGGCCCCUUUCGUCUGUACCACGCACUCGCACUUCUGUUAAACAACCGUCUGGAGGAGUGCAUCAACGAACUCGACACCAUUAAAGACGAAAACAACGUCAAACUCGCCGCGAUUAUAGCCCUCAUGUACGCGCAUAAAAUCAUGGGGGUGUCCAACAAAGACUUGUUUCAUAAGUUGGACUCGCAAGUCCGCGAACUGCGCAAAAACUCAGAAGCGAUUGACUUCUGCUACUCGGGGUUCGUUCUUUGGGUUUUAAACAAACCGGAGAAGGCGCUGGAUUAUUUGGACAAGUCUUUGAACAUCCAGUCGGACUUGGCGGAAGCGCUGACUCUAAAAGGGUGGAUUUUGGUACAACUGAAGAAAUCCGGGCACAAGGUGGGUCAAAACAUCACAGAGGUGUUUGACGCGUCGCUUAAGAACAACAAGCGGAAUUUGGACGCCAUUUUGGGGGUGGCUGAAAGCCACCUGUGUCAGAAUAAGUUUGAAGAAGCUUUAGACGCGGUUAACAAAGCGGUCGUGCGAUUCCCGAAUUCGCCUCUCCCGUUGAUCCAGAAAAUGCGAAUCCAGUUUGCCUCGCAAGACUGGGAACAAACCGUGGAAACUAUGAACCGCAUCACCAACGACGAUAUCGAAAACCUGGACGCCCAAAAAAUCAACAUCUUGAUGCUCCUGUGCCGGGACGCCAACUACGAAGAAGCCGCCUCCUGCACUAAAAAGUUCGUCGCAGAUAUGGAGUCCCAGGAGCACAAAAACGGCAAAAUACUCCUCGAGAACGCGCAACUAUUUUCCAAAAACUGCAGCCGAAACGGCGAAGUCCUAAAAGAGACGUACAAGAUGGUGGAAAAGGCACUCCAUAUUAACUCGGAAGACGUAGAUUUUAUAGCUGAAUUGGGUCGCCAGUGUCUUCUAACCGGGCGAAUCAAAGAAGCCCAGAAGUACUACAAAACGGCCACUAAAAUCAACGACGCGUCACUAAAGGCACUCAUGGGUUUGACGUUAUGCGAACUGAGCGAAAAUGGGAAGUCCGACCAAAUCAAGAAACAAGUGGACUUCUUACUCGAGCUUGAGGAAGCCCAAAACUCGCCACAAUUGUAUUUAAUCCGAGCCAAAAUUAACGAGAAGUCCGACGAAGCGCUAAUUUUUCUCAAAAAGGCGUGCGAUCUUCAGUUGAACCUGGUCAAAAACCAGUACUACUCCGAUCUGUACUUGCAAAGUUUGGACUCCGAUUUUAUGCUAGAGGUGGUGAAAGAGUACUUGCAGUACGUGUCGUACAGCACCGACUUGACGAAAAGUGGGGUCCGAGUUAGUUCAACUGCGGCCACCACAGCCCAAAACGUGCUCAAAGUCGUCACUAAAGCAUGUCCUGGGUUAUACGAAGCGUCGUACUUGUUAGCAAAGUUGCAGUACUUGAGUGGGGAAAGUACUAACGCUAUGAAUAGUCUCGAACAAAUCCUGAGUAAGAUCGACGACGAAACGUCGAGCGAUGCGCAUUUGUUGAUGGCGCAAAUCCAGGUACAAAACGGGUACUACGAAAGGGCAGCCCAAAGUCUAGAGGUGGGUUUAAGUUACAACUUCAAAGUACGAGAGAACCCGAUGUACCACUACAUUCGUGGAUUGGUCGACAAACACGGGAAUAAUCUGCAAGACACUAUUAAGAGUCUUACUACAGCACUUUCCCUGGUUAAUAUUAACCCAACUAAGUACGACCAAACCGACCUGACUCUAAUCGAGAAGGCGUCAAUCUACAUCGAGCUUAUCGAAGCACAUAACAUGAUAGGUCAGAAUGACGAAGCUUCAAAGCUUCUAGAAACCGCAGUCGAGGAGUUUCAAGGUACUCCUGAAGAAGCCCGAAUCUUGAUUCUAAGUGCAGACCAUGCUGUUCAGCGAAAGAACGUUCAAGGGGCCAUUGAUCUCUUAAACAAGGUACAACCAACUGAGUCGUACUACCUUCAAGCUAGGACUAAGCUGGCUGAUAUUUUGUUGAAGUACCGACUUGAUUCGUAUGCGUACCUGCAGUGCUACCAAGAUAUGGUGGAUGAGAAUCCGGGACCCGAAAGCUACGUUCUUCUAGGGGAUGCUUAUAUGGCGAUUCUAGAACCAGAUGAGGCUUUAGAUUGUUACAAUCAAGCUUUGCAGCAGAAUCAGAACGACCCGUACUUGACGUCGAAGAUGGGAAAGGCGCUAGUGGAGACGCACUACUUUGCUAAAGCUAUAGCGUUUUACAAAGAAUCAAUUAAAAACACCCAGAACCCUGAUUUAAAGUUACAACUAGCGGAUCUCUAUAUCCAGAUGAAGGAGUACGAUAAAGCCGACUUGUUACUGAUGAACGAGAUUGAAGCUGAGAGUGCGAAGACUUUGGAGGAUUUGACGUAUUUGCAGCACCGUACUAGGUUGUUGAUGCUUUUGGCCCAAGCUAGAGAGAAGUCGGGGAAUUUAUCCGGGGCUUUGUCUGUCUUGAGGGACGCUAAAGACAACCAGAACCGGGUCAGGAAGAGGUUAUCGGUGGAGCAAACAAAUGUUCCAGACGAAGAGAUCAAGUUAUUGGUGGAUAUAGGGGUAAAGCUUGCCGAGAUUGCCUCGACUUUGAAAAAUCACGACCAAGCGGUUCAGUUUUACAAAGAUACGCUUGAAAUAUCUCCGAAUAACACCGAAAUACUGACCGCUUUAGCCAAAUUGUACAUGCAGAUGAACAUUUUGGAGCCUUGUCAACAAAUUUGUACCAAUAUUCUCGCUAUAGAGGCAGAGAAUGAACACGCGUCUGUCAUGAUGGCCGACAUUGCCUUUAGAAAGAUCGACUUCGACAUGGCUUUGUUCCACUUCACCCAACUCAUCACCAAACAACCCACCAACUGGGCCGCUUUGGUCCGGCUCGUCGAAAUCAUGCGUCGGACCGGCAACCUGAACGACUUCCCUGAGUACCUCGCGAGUGCGGAAAAAGCCACCGCGAACCCUGUUAAAGACCAAGGGUACCUUUAUUCCACCGCGCUCUACCAGUGGUACUCGGGGAACUUGAACGGUGCCUUGAGGAAUUUUAACCUAGCCCGACAGGACCCUGAAUGGGGGCAACAAGCCCUCUGCAACAUGAUCGAGAUUUGUCUGAACCCCGACGACGAGAUGCUCGGCGACCAGUUCAUGGACAGCGAAGACAUAGAGUACCGGGAUUCGCGCUCCAUGGCGCUAAAAACGGCCGAUCGUCUUCUGAAAGAACUCAAGAAUCGGUUGGAGGCCAACGGCGAAGACACACUAAAGUACAAGUUGUUGGCGAACUUCCGCUUGCUAGCGACUCAAGAGAAGGCCAACAUCGAGCGCGGGCUCGAGGAGUUUAUCACUAUGGCGUCGCAGAACAUGUACAAGGACCAUGUGGGUCCGAUUUUGGGGAUGUCGACGGCGUAUACGUUGUUGAAGCAGAGUCAGCGGGCGAAGAAUCAGUUGAAGAGGGUGGCCAAGGCGACGUGGACGUUCGAAGACGCAGAGUACCUGGAGAGGUGCUGGUUGCUGCUGGCUGACUACUAUAUCCAGUCGAGUAAGCUGGAUGUGGCGUCGGAUUUGCUGGGCAAGGUGGUGCAGCACAACAAGGCUUGUAGUAAAGCGUACGAGUAUUUGGGGUUCAUUUCGGAGAAGGAGCAGCGGUAUAAGGAUGCGGUGGGGAAUUAUGAGAAUGCGUGGCGGUUCGGGGGGAAGACGAAUCCCGGGAUUGGGUACAAGUUGGCGUAUAGUUUGAUGAAGUGCAAGAAUUAUGCGGAUGCUAUUGAUGUGGGGCAGCAGGUGCUCAAGCUCAGUCCGGAGUAUCCCAAGAUCAAGAAGGAUGUUUUGGAUAAGUGUAUGAAUAAUUUGAGGAUUUGAGGCACGCACUGACACACGUGGUUUGAUUGGAGAUUUAUUGGAUGCACUGGUCGUAUAUACGUGUUGUCAGUGAUCCCUAGGGAUUCAGUAGCUUUAAAUUAACUAAAAUUAUAAAAUAAAGAUUACAUUCCAUGCACAAAA